GGCGGAGCGGGGCCAGCCCGGCUCGUGCGCAGGCGGGUUCCGGCUGCAGCCCCAGCGCGGGGAGCGGGCGAGAGGCGGCCCCGGGGAGGCAGUAGCCGCGGGGCGGGAAGUCGCUGCCGGGCGGAGGAAGCGGCCGGGGCCGGAGCCGGAGCCGAGCCCGGCGAUGGCUGCAGCGGGGCCGGCGCAGCUCCAGGUGGCGUUUGAGGACGUCGCUCUGUAUUUCACCCGGGAGGAGUGGGAGCUCCUAUCCCAGCCACAGAAGCAGCUGUACCGGGACCAGAUGCUGAGGAAUUACCAGGCCCUUGUUUCCUUGGGCUAUUCAGAUUCCACACCAGACUUAAUCCACCGGAUCGAGCUAGGGGAGGCAGAGCUCUGGAUCUGGGAUGCUGAGGACUCCGGGGAAAGCUCAGGGCCUGAGAGCCCCUCCUCAGCAGGGCUCAGGAUCCUGGGAGGAACGAGGACACAGUCUGAGUGUGGGGAGAGUGCAGCAGGAAAGCAGGAUCCCACGGCCCACAGGGGGAUCCAUGCACAGGACACAGUCCAUCCCCCGGAUAAACUCAGCCAGAGACCAGAUGUGGCUACACAACAGAGACUCCCCAGGGGCUGGCGCCCCCACCUCCGCAUUGACGGCAGCAAGAGGUUCAGCAACCCCUCCGUGCUGAACCAGCAUCGGCGCAUGCACCCCAGGGAGCAACGGUAUCGCUGUGCUGAUUGUGGCAAGAGCUUUGCAAACAACUCAAGCCUGAGAGUACAUCAACGCACGCACACUGGAGAGCGGCCACACCGCUGCACCGACUGCGGCAAGGGCUUUACACAGAUCGGACACCUGAGAAUACACCAGCGCACACACACUAAGGAGCGGCCAUACUGCUGUGCUGACUGUGGCAAAGGCUUUGCACACAGCUCAAGCCUGAGUGUACAUCAACGCACGCACACCGGGGAGCGGCCGUAUCGCUGCACCAUCUGUGGCAAGAGCUUCGCACACAACUCAGGCCUGAGAAUGCACCAGCGCACGCACACCGGGGAGCGGCCGCACCACUGUGCUGAGUGCGGCAAGGGCUUUGCACGGAUCGGACACCUGACAAAACACCAGCGCGCACACACUAAGGAGCGGCCAUACUGCUGUGCUGACUGUGGCAAAGGCUUUGCACACAGCUCAAGCCUGAGUGUACAUCAACGCACGCACACUGGAGAGCGGCCACACCGCUGCACCGACUGCGGCAAGAGCUUUGUACAGUUUACACACCUGACAAGACACCAGCGCACACACACUGGGGAGCGGCCAUACCGCUGUGAAGAUUGUGGCAAGGGCUUUGUGCAGAUAUCAGAGCUGAGAAUGCACCAGCGCACGCACACAGGGGAGCGGCCACACUGCUGUGCUGACUGCGGCAAGAGCUUUGCACAGAUCGGACACCUGACAACACACCAGCGCGCACACACUAAGGAGCGGCCAUACUGCUGUGCUGACUGUGGCAAAGGCUUUGCACACAGCUCAAGCCUGAGAGUACAUCAACGCACGCACACUGGAGAGCGGCCACACCGCUGCACCGACUGCGGCAAGAGCUUUGUACAGUUUACACACCUGACAAGACACCAGCGCGCACACACUGGGGAGCGGCCAUACCGCUGUGAAGAUUGUGGCAAGGGCUUUGCACAGAUCUCAGUGCUGAGAAAACACCAACGCGCGCACACCGGGGAGCAGCCGUACAGCUGUGCUGAUUGUGGCAAAUGCUUUUCUGAGUUGGGCAACCUCACCCGGCACCAGGUCACUCACACCAACACCCUUGUGUCACUGCCAGGGCCUGAGGGGCUUGUGGCAGCCGAUGGGCCUGGCACAGUGCCAGCAGAUGCAGACCAGGGAGUGGUCCUCUCCCCAUGAUGCCCAGCAGAGAGACUGUGUGGAGCAGGGAAGAGGACUUUGCUGAGCAGUGUGGGGAAGAGCAGACAGGUGGGUAGCUAUCCCACGGAGCAUCUCUUCCUCUUCUGCCGCUAAGUGUUUUGGGAAGUGAAGAGGAGCUCGACAUUGAACUCACCACCCAUAGUAGCUACGACACAAGGUUGCUUGUGGCAUUCACAGAGGUGCUGACCACAGUGGAACAUCGCUUUUUGGACUUGGGAAACAAGCACUGAAUGGUGGGAUCACAUCGUCAUGCAUGUCUGGGGUAAGCAGCGGCUGCAGAACUUUCAGAUGAGGAAAGCCACUUCCGUGGGUCUGUGUGAUGAGCUCGCCCCAGCCCUGCAGUGCAAGGACAUGAGAAUGAGAGCUGCCCUGCCCAUGGAGAAGCACGUGGCAAGUGCACUGUGGAAGCUGGCUGCUCCAGACUGCUACCAAUCAGUCGCUAACCAGUUCGGAGUGGGAAAGUCGACCGUUAGACUUGUGUUGAUGGAAGUGUGCAGGGCCAUUAAUCGCAUCCUGCUCAGAAGAACCAUGGCUCUGGGCAACGUGUAUGACAUUGUGGAUGGCUUUGCGCAAAUGGGUUUCCCUAACUGUGGCGGGGUGAUAGAUGGGACGCAUAUUCCACUUCUGGCAUGAGACCAACUAGCCUCCAAGUAUGUUAAUCGCAAGGGGUAUUUCUUGAUGAUUCUCCAGACGCUUGUGGAUCACUGUGGGCAUUUCACAGACAUUAACCCAGGCUGAUCCAGAAAGGUGCCUGAUGCAUGCAUCUUUCAAAACACUGGACUGUUCAGGAAGCUGCAAGCUAGGACUUUCUUCCUGGACCAGAAGAUCACUGUAGGGGAAGUUGAAAUGCCCAUUGGGAUCCUGGGAGAAUGACGGUUGAGUGUGAUUUUGGUCAUUUAAAGACCCGCUGGCGCUGUCUGUAUGGGAAGCUGGACCUGGCCGAUGACAACAUUCCUAUGCUUGUAGCCGCUUGUUGUAACCUCCAUAAUAUUUGUGACGGGAAGGGUGAAAGGUUCACUCAGGGAUGGACCAUUGAGGCUCAGCGCCUGGAAGCUGAAUUUGAACAGCCAGAGACCAGGGCUAUUAGAGGGGUGCAGCACUGGGCCAUAAGGAGCUGCUGAAAGCCAGUAAUAUUUGUUACUAUGCUCAGGAGUGCAGUGCUUGAAAUGCUAGUACGUGACUGCAAUUCUUCCAUACUAUACACUGAAAUAACUUUAGAAAAAUGCCUGUUGCUUUGCGUGGCUAUGUUUGCUUUCAUUUAAUGCAACAAAGAUUGGUUUCAAACUAAACAAAUUCAUUUAUUAACAACAAGCAGAGGAGAGAGACAAAUGGUAAAACAUAUCUGCACUGUGUGGGAUGGGGGAAGGGAGGUGUGAUGGGUUCAGUCACAGAGAUCCCCUUGGGACUGUCACCUCAUGUGCUGAAAUUACCUCAGAGCCAGUUUUCCCUGCCAGUUUGGGAUUUCCAGAACCCUGUCUUGUUGAGCCAGACAUGCUAGCCUGCUGUAACAGAUCCAGGGUCUGGGCCAUGCCCCCAAAGCUGCAGACUUAACUGAAAACAGCUAAGCAAGUUACCUGUCUCUAGCACGGGUAGGCAACCUAUGUCACGCGUGCCAAAGGCGGCACGUGAGCUGAUUUUCAGUGGGACUCUCACUGCCUGGGUCCUGGCCACCGGUCCGGGGGCUCUGUAUUUUAAUUUAAUUUUAA